GAAGCUGGCACCUGUCCAGGAUUUUUUAUCAUUACCGUCUUGAUAACAGUCGCCUUCGACCACCGUAAUCAGCUUCUACUCAGAGAGCGGAAGUUCCCGUUUUACAUCCGCAGCUUGACGCUGCUUGGGUAAGGAGAGGAGAGGAGAGGAGGAGAGAGGAGCUCCGUCGGCGGACCAGGGAGAGCGUGGAGAGGAAUCCCAGCAGCCCCCACCCCCCCUAGCCCCGGAGAGCGAGAGCCGGACCGGCUGGAUCCCCCUCCUCCCUCGCCCGCUCCCCCCCUGCGGAGGAGGACCCGAGAGAGACCCACGUUGCCACGGGAGAGGCCUCGGUUCAGGGCUGCAGCAUGUUCACUUCAGUGAAGGCCUUCGAGGGGCAGCAGUACUCCACCCUGAAGAGGCAGUGCUUGCAGAGUGGCCUGCUCUUCGAGGACCCCCGCUUCCCCGCCACAGACGACUCGCUCUUUUACCAGGGUAACAGGAUCGGACGUGUCGUCUGGAAGAGGCCUCGGGAGCUGUGUGAGGACCCUCACCUGUUUGUAGAUGGCAUCAGUGCACACGAUCUGCAUCAGGGACAGCUGGGUAACUGCUGGUUUGUCGCAGCGUGUUCCAGCCUGGCCUCCCGAGAGUCUUUGUGGCAAAAGGUCAUUCCAGACUGGAAGGAGCAGGAGUGGGAUACAGAAAAACCAGACUCCUACGCUGGGAUUUUCCACUUUCGCUUCUGGCGCUUCGGGGAGUGGGUGGACGUGGUGAUUGAUGACCGGCUACCGACGGUGGACAACCAGCUGGUCUACUGCCACUCCAACGACAGCAACGAGUUCUGGAGCGCCCUGGUGGAGAAAGCCUAUGCCAAGGUUUACGGCUGCUACGAGGCUUUGGAUGGGGGGAACACGGCUGACGCACUGGUGGACUUCACGGGUGGAGUUUCUGAGCCCGUGGACCUGCUGGAGGGUCAGAUGGCCACAGACGAGGCGGCCCGUAACCAGCUGUUUGAACGAGUGCUCAAAGUCCACAACAGAGACGGCCUCAUCAGCUGCUCCAUCAGGGCGACCACGAUAGAGGACAUGGAGGCGCGGCUGGAUUGCGGUUUGGUCAAAGGCCACGCCUACGCCGUGACAGAUGUACGGAAGGUGCGGCUAGGUCACGGACUGCUUGCCUUCUUCAAGUCGGAGAAGCUGCACAUGAUCCGCAUGAGGAACCCUUGGGGGGAGAAGGAGUGGAGUGGCCCUUGGAGUGACAGUUCGGAGGAGUGGAACAAGGUGAGCAAGAGUGAGAGAGAAAAGCUGGGCGUCACCGUACAGGAUGACGGCGAGUUCUGGAUGACAUUUGAUGACUUCUGCCAGUACUUCACUGACCUGAUCCUGUGCCGCCUCAUCAACACCUCCUACCUGAGCAUCCACAAGACCUGGGAGGAGGAGGUGAUGAGGGGCUCCUGGGUCCACCGGCAGGAUCCCCUACGCAACCGAUCCGGAGGCUGCAUCAAUCACAAAGCCACCUUCCUGCAGAACCCUCAGUAUGUGUUUGAUGUGAAGAAGGUGGAGGACGAGGUGCUGAUCUGCUUACAGCAAAAAGAGAAGAGAGCCACACCAAAAGAGGGCAAAUCAGAAAAUCUCGCUAUAGGCUUCGAUAUCCACAGGGUGGAGCUAAAUCGGAAGUACCGUAUGCACACAGCCCAGCAGAAAGUAGCAGGUUCCAUCUACAUCAACUCGCGCUGCGUCUUCCUUAGGAAGGAGCUGAAGGAGGGCCGCUACGUCAUCAUUCCCACAACCUUUGACCCCGGGCAGCAGGGUGACUUCCUGCUCCGUGUCUUCACUGAUGUGCCUUCAGACUGCAAAGAGCUGACCCUGGACGAGCCUCCUCAGACAUGUUGGACGGGGAUGUGUGGCUACCCUCAGCUGGUCACUCAGGUCCAUGUACUGAACGCUGAGGGUCUGCAGGGACAGGACUCCAAUGGAGAGCUGCACUGCCUCAAUCCCAAAAAGAGAGCGAGAGCCCAGAGCAAAGCACGAGCUGUAGAUCCCUACGUCAUCAUCACCUGUGAAGGAGAGAGGGUUCGUUCACCAGUUCAUAAGGACACACGGUGCCCAAACUUUGACAUCAAAGGCCUGUUCUACCGCAAGAAGCCCAAGGAGGGCAUCCACAUCGAGAUCUACAACAAGAACAUGAUCGUGGACACCUUCCUGGGUCAGGUGAUCUUGUUCAGCGACCCCAACGAGCGCCAGGAGCAGCACACGCUUCACCUGCGCGACAAGGGCAGCCGACAGGACAACGACCUCCCGGGCACGCUCACUGUGCGCCUCAUCACGUCCACCACGCUCACCAACAUCUGAAGCGGCAGUUUAUACGAUUGCAAUGAUCGAAGCUCAAGGUGGCGUACGAACCAUGCCCGCCGUUCACCUUCGCAGUUCAUCUUUUAACCGUCGCGGGAGCUCACUGUGUCUUUUUUUUCCUGCCGCUUGCGCUCUCUGUGUGUCUCUGUUUUCCUUUGCUUCCUUUAGCUUCACAGGGUUUUAUUUUUGAAGGCCUGCAUCCAUAUAUCCUGAUGGAAGCUGUACAGGGGGUUUGUACAGACUAUUUUUAAAUACAUUCCUGUCAAAAUUGUCCAUUAGUCACAAAUUUGUUCUUAAAGUAGCAGAAAUCUCCAUCAGAGCAACAGUUUUAUCAGAUAUUUUUGCUGUUCUGACCCUUAAUUACAGACUUGUUUUUAUUUCUUCUUAUACUCACAUGCACACACACACACACACACACACACAUAUAUACAUGAAUUUAAUACAUAUGCAGACAUCUCUGCACUCUCCAUGCAUGUGCCACUGUUUCCAAGGGCUAUGCAUUGCCUUAAGGCUGAGUUUUUCUCUCCUCUUUGAGGAGACGAGGGGAGGUGGGUUAUGUUGAAUACUAUUUAUCUUAGCACAGCCUUGGUUUAGUUUUUUCUUUGUCUCUAAAAGUCUGCAUUAAGCCCUGCUUUUUGCCAUCGUGUUAUCAGCUUCUGUCUCCCAAAUGCUCUUUUAUGACUGUGAAUAAUCCUCCCGCCCAGCCAGCCAGCCCAACCACCCAGACACCUCAAGUCUUCAGCAGUUUGCCGGUGCUUUGGAGAGCAUGCAGCACUCUGUCACUUUUUACGUUGGACUUCAAAGCCAACAGCAGCUCUUCUCUCCCCUCGACUCAGUGCUUUUUCUGUGUUGUUCUGUGAGCGCACCCGUGUGUGUGAAGUCUUGCCUCCCGGUUUCCAUCACUAGCAUCAUUCGAGAAUGCUUUCCGUCGCCGGCUGCUAUGGACGAUCUCUAAACUGCAUGGCUUUUAAAAAGAAAAUGAAAAAACCCCGAAACUCUCUGCCUGUGCUGCACAUCUCUCUAGUCGUAGCUUAGCAGCCGGUGCUUCUGAUAGUGCUACCCCCUUCCUCCUCCCCAUGCAAACAUCUUUCCAGUCCAGUGGAGUGCAAAGAUUCACCCUGACAUAAAUCAAGUGCUUUAUGGGACCAAAGAGGAGCCAGGCCCCCUUUUCAGACCGGCCUAGCCUGGCCCGGCCCGGCCCAAGCCUAGCGACAAACCGCCACCCCCUGUGCCACAUCAUCUCUUAACGGCAACACCACUGCCUGACGCUUCCUCUGACUUGAGUCUGUCGGCCCGGGCCAAAGACUCACGCCACGUGAUCCCGAAAGACAGCAGCUCUGCAAGCGUGAGUGUGUGAGACUGUGUGUGUGUGUGUGUGUUUGAGUGAAUGUAUACCUGAAAGAAAAAGAUCACAAAGGAAAGGUGUGAACCGAAUAGAAAAAGGGACCUUUUUUGAAGGUAAAAACACACCUUGCACUUUAUUUCUUUAGCUUUGAGGGGUAAAAAGAAAAACCCUCGGAGACUACGGAGAGACAGGAGUGCUUUAGCAGAGCAGACGUCCUGCCAAACAACCUGUGCCAUCGCCUUGUUCCUGGCUUUGCCUCCACAGCAGGAAAACAACUCGGACGAAUUGUUGAAUUCAGAUGGUUUUGAAUAUUGAACCGACACUGGUACAGUUUAAUCUUUUCUCUGAUGACAUUUCUCGCGUAGAUCAUGUGGCCAUCCGAUCCGACCUUUUACCAUCCGGUCGGCUUCUUGUGACAGAAAAUAACAGCCUGUGUUUUUUGUUCCUCUUCAAAAGUGCAAUCCAAGUUUUAUAAACUUUUGGUUAUUACGUUUUUCCCCUUAAAAUUUGAAAAAUGUAAGUUAUGGUUAUUUUUAAGACAUUUCCUUUGAAUGUAAACCAUUAGUGGACUAAAAUCUCAGACAAAAUAUCAAGCCCCCCCCCCUCCCUUUUUUUAGUGCCCUUUUCCAUGACUUGAACUGUCACUCAUGGCAUUUAAGUGGUCACACAUGUUUGUGUACAGCAUCUUUAUAAAUGUGUCUUGCAUGGGUUAUUUUUCCAAGAUAUCCACAGCCUUGUAUUGUACUGUUCAAUUGUUACUCUAUAUAUUUAUUCUUUCUAUCUCAGAAGUCUUGGAAAUGCUAGUUUUGAGCAGUGAGCAUGUCUACACUAAAAUGCACCUCAUGUCAGUCUGAUCAUAUCAGUCUGUUUGAAGCAGUUGUGUCUUGUACUACAGUGAUGCAUUCAUAAUGCCUCUAGCAUCUGUGAACAUUAGCAGCAGUUGUCAACGACUAUUUAGGUGCUAUUUAUCUUCUUCUUUGUGGUCUUUUUGUUGGUUUCACUCUGAAAGAAAGUCAACGUCACGUAACACGAGACUGAAUCUGAAACGUGUUAACAGUGCAAACAGCCGGUGUUGGAGACUGUAGUGCAGAGCAGUGUGAGAUUAGACAGCCUGCCGGUUUUUAUUUGCAGAGUAUUUCCUCCUUUUUCUGCCAACCAGUUCCAUGCACUUCUCUGAAAACAGGCAAGCACUGCAACAUAAAAUUGAUCCUGAAGUUGGAACCUGUGACUAUGGGAAGAACAGAGGUUACUCCAGCUUUCACCUCUUAAUGUUUGGCUCUUGUUUAAAUAAAGGAUGGCUCUCCGGUGGUAUCGAUGCAGAGUUCCCUCCUAACCAACACCUACUGUGAAAAAGAGGUGUUUGGGUAAACAAGAAGGCUUUCCCCCUCCCUCACACAGAGAGUGGCCUACUGCAAGUCCAGCUGUGGUUAAAUUAGUUUGGUUAAAAUGAGUUUCUCUUUGUCCAAAACAGUAUAAAGAUCAUUUUUGUCUAUGUGCUAAAAAAAAAUUCAGACAGCUCAGAUAAAUAAAUUUAUUGCGGAAGAUUAUCAGUGCCAAAUGUGUGCACGGGUGUUGUGAUACAGAGCUUUUAUUUUUCCUGAAAAAGAAGUAUCUUUUGAUCUUUUGGGUAUUUUCUGAAUCCUUAAUGUAUUUUCUAACCGCCAGAUAUUGCUUUUCCCACACAAUAAAAAAUGUCAACCUUUAAGAUGUAAAUUAGAAAGAAAACAUUAAGGCAAAAACUGCAUUUCAUAUAACGACCACUUGGGGCUCCAAAACGAGUCAUUGUGCUCUGUUGAAAAUGCCCAAGUUUACAGAAUAAACAAAAGAAUGUGUGUAUGGUCCAGAACACGAUUUCUGUCUUCAUAUCGAAUGAAUGCGAGGUGAAUGUUCAUAUUCAUCUGUUUGGAUUUGGUAAUGCUUAAAAUUUAGGGAUGUGGUCGCUUUGUUUGCAGACAACAGCUAUAGUCAGCAGCUGUCUGACUUCACCGCCACUAAUUUGUGUCACCUAACUAAAUCACUCAACCUUGUUUUUGCUCUUGGUGCCUUUUGAUGCAUUUUAAUGGAUUAUCCAAAAACUCCCCUCCAUCGUCUUUUCUAAAUUCUGGCUCCAAUAAAAUACCAUAGUCGUGGCCAAAACUCUGAUGUGAAGGCUUCAAAAAUGCUGAAUCUACAAACUAAACCGUGUCCAAUUCCAUCUUUUAUAUACAGCGUAUGUAAAUGACCUGCAUCCUUCUUAAAUAAAUGCAAAUUUAACCAGACUUCAUAAGAAACUAUGCUGAUGCCGAGCCACAAAAUUGGCAAGGCUUCACGAAUAGAAAAUAGCUUGAAAGUAAUUUUUAUUGUUCUUUUACUGUGCAGGAGUUGAAAUGGUUUGAGAUUUGAGGAUUCUGGAAAUGCUUUUGCAAACGUUAAAUGUCAGUGUUCUGGGUCUUAAAGUUAUUGCCUGGGACUUAUUUUUCAGAAAACACAGCCUCUGCUCUAUGAGUGAAAUAUAGUUGCCAGAUAUGAAAAAUAUAAGAUACAAAGAUAUAAGCUGGAAUCAGACAAAUACCCUCUCCUGGUAAACAUGUCGCUGUGACAGGCUGGAGUUUUGGUGUUUUAACCAAUGAGGUUGCUUACAGACAAAUCACAUGGGACUCAAUUAGCCCAUAUGGUCCCCCUCCCCCUUUCCAAUCAUCAGUUUGUUUACUGCAGGUUGACACGAAAUGCAUUUCUUGUUGCCCAGCAGUGUUCCUUAUCCCUGAUUCCCGUGGAUGAAACCACUUUGGCAUUACUUGCACAAAUGUGUAUGUUAAAUGGGAAAUGGAUGGCUGUGGAUGUGCUUGGAAGGCAGGAAAUGACGAAACCAGAUUCUCUCCUACUCUCAUGUCUAAUUCCUAAAAAUGUCCAAGCUCCUCAGCCUGUCUGUAGAUCCCUGGCACCUUUCAGAGGAAGCGCCUAUGUAUACCGCUUGUAUACAUAGGCGAGGGUAGAAACACAAAUCGAUCAGUAAAUGAACACCUUCAGGUCUGUCUUUACUGUGACAGACUGCUCUGCUUUUCUCCAACUCGUGAAGAAGACCACAAGAUACUUAAACUCCACCACUUCCUGGAGUAGUACUCCACCCUUUUCCAUCAUGGCCUGAGACUCGGGGAUGCUAAUUUUCACCCCGUCUGUUAGCAUUCAUGAAUGGCGUGAGUUACAGUCAGUCUCUGUUUGUUAACCCUGCGAUGGACCGGCCAUCUGUCCAGGGUGUGCCUCGCUUCUCACCUAGUGAGAGCUGGGAUUCGGAUAAGCAGUUAGGAAAAUGGACGGAUGGAUGUGGCCCUUAUUUUUUUGUUGUUGAGUAUAACAGCAGAUAAGUGAAGGGAGAUUAUUUUUCAUGAACUCUGACAGGGACUGAACAGGACAUUAUUUGUAUUCAGAAGUACAAGCUUCCCAUCAGCAAACCUGGAUUUUAUUUCCCCCUGAGUGUCCCUUCGGCUGAUGUCAGUUCUGUACUGUGAGGUUUCUGAUCAGUGGUUCGCGGCUCCGACUGUUUCUUUAUUCGUACAGAAGUGAUGCAGAAAUAUAACGGAAGCUGACAGCUGCGACACACGGGAGUAUUUAGGCACUAGCGUCAGCAAUCAUAAGAGUACGGAGUCCGAGCCCCAACUCAUGUGCCAAAAAAAAGGUGUUUUAUUUUGAAGAGAUGCAUCGUGGGUGAUGGAGUGUCUGAGUUGGACAAAUGCUUUUGUUCCUCACUACAUGCCCAGCUUUGUUUCUGCCUUUUGUCACCGUGUCGAUCAUUGUAAUUGUUGCACAUUGUAAUCCUUUUGCCACAAGUGUUUAAUGGCUUUCACUGUUAACCACCACACAGACACGCACACACAAACACAAGCACACACUAACACACACUUACACAGACCAGGCUUUAUUGGAGUGUCUGGACCUUUUUUUGAUAGUUGCUGUAAAGCUUAUCAGUCUUCUGUGUAGAUUUUCUGCAUGGCCACGCCAAAGCAGGUUUGAAGAAACUGUUUGAAUGAAGCCGAAUUACUCACAGCGGCGGCGACUUUUGUACGAAUCCAAAAAUGCCAGUGCAUGUAGCAAAAACACUUCAGAUCUGCUCGCGCCACCACGAAUCACAGAGUGUUCAUUUUCAGUUCUCAGAGUGCCGUAAAAACCCACUUGCUACUUUGAUAAACAUACUGUGUGAAGUAAAAGGCUUGUGUUGCACACUUGCAUGCAUGGAAACAGUAACCAGUUUUCUAAUAUUUUGUAUUUAGUAUCCAGCAGUAUACAGUAUGUAUAUAAAAGUAGCAGGAACUUGACUUAGUUUUUAUCAUGAGAUCCAUCUUUCUGGUGGAUGCUUAUAUCCUAGACACUCAUUUAAGGUGGAUGCAGUUUGUGUUCACGACCUCUAGUGAUCAGCUAAAAUGCGUAAAGGAAUCAGAUUGUUUCCCUUAUUCCUUUUCCCAUGAUGCCUUGUGUGAUUUACAGUUAGAUCCAUAAGUAUUUGGAUCUUGUUUCUUUACUUCUGUACACCACCAAAGUGGAUUUAAAAUCAAGCAAACAAGAUGUGAUUGAAGUACAGAUUUAAGCUUUAAUUCAAGAGUUUUAACAACAGAAUUGCAUUAUUUCAGAAACUCUUGUUGCUCUUGGGGUUUGCUUUGGGCCGUUAUCCAUUCGUGCAGAGACUAUAGCUCUCUAUACUCAUAUCAUCCUGCUACUUCUAUCAGCAGUCCCAUCAUCAAUAAAACUACAGGGCCUCAAUUCUUCUGGAAGUCAGACAUGCCCAUUGCAGUGUUUUCUCCAACACGUUUAGGAUUAAAAAUGAUGGACGUAGCUUCUGUGUUGUCACCCACUGGUUUCUGAAGUCAUUUUUUGAUUGGUUAAAUAAAAAGUAGUGACAAAAAAUGUGGGUCUGAUUGAAUCCUAAGUUUGGCGGUUCUUAGGAUGUUUUAUCUGCUUGAUUUGUCAUGAAAAACCACAGAACAGCUCAUCAAUCAACUGUUCGAUUACUUUUGAGCCUCUGAAAUGAGGAACUAUGUAUAAAAAUGUCCUGAACCGUUAAUACAGCACUUUUAGUAAAGCCCUUUAAUUACACUCUAAGUCUGUACUUCAGUCAUAUCUUGAUUAUUUGAUGUAGAAAUUCACUGAGAUGGUGUAGAGAAGCAAAAUUACAAAAUCUGUGUCAUUGUCCAAGUGCCAGUCACCUGCCUCUAAUGGGGCAUAAGAAACUUAUGACAUAGAUUGAUUGGGGACUUCAAGCAGUUUGCAGGUGUCGCAUGAAAUUGAAAGGACUACACAAUGAUCAAGCACACCUUUCAUACAUGCAGAAAAAAGGGAACAAUCCAGAGAUAAAAAAGGUUUAGGAGAGCAUAGAUGCAAGGCAGAGAGAGGGAAAAUGAAGAUGCAUGAGAGGUCAGGACUGCUGAUGGUUCAGCACAAAGAAGCCUGAGUGAGCCUCAUCUCUUAGGUCAUCCUUCUCUUCUUCUCUGGUAUGAAUAAGCAGUUACGGCUCCCAAAUCUUUAAGAAAAGCGAAGACACCUGCAGUCAUCAUGCACACAAGGUUCGAUGGAAGUAGGAAUCAAGUGAAAACAUGUUGGAUUUAGAGCGUUUAUCAUUUCUAGACAGAACGACUGCUUGCGUGCUGAUCUUAAAGCCUCGUCAACUUGCUGCAUGAGUCUAAAUUGGAGUCGAGGAGCAGCUGCACCAGAUAUCACGUUUAUCCUAACGACAGCAUCAUGUAGGCCAUACCGAAUUUGACACUCUGACAUUUUUAAUCUGAGCUCGAAGUCUUGUCCACUCAAGGAAUGAGCUUGUGAUUCUUGUAUUUUUCUGCUGAUGUUUAUUAACUGGAGACUGGAAUACCUACUGCAUGGUGACUCUUCUAGAAGAUGCUAUGGUCUUUAUAACAAGUAUCUUUUAUCAGUAUUUUAUAACCUUGUUAAUUUUAUAUAUCCACUCCCAACUGCUGUGUUUACUGAUAGCUAGGUAUCAGAGAGCCGUGCUGUACGUUCUGUACUGUGUGCUUGUCUGUGUCUUCUUUUUCAGCGUGAGCUUUACUUUUUGUUCUGUUUUUUUAACGCGUGCUCGUUUUAAUUUGGUUCUCGGUUACACUGUGGUUAUUUUAUAGCUAAGAUCUGAAAUUAUUGUUUUUUCUUUUGUAUUUAAUGUCAACUUGUGGCAUGACUUUGAAAUAA